UUUCUGUCUCUGUGUCCUGACUCCUCCCUCAGUUCAGCCUGGUGUCCACUCAGUCUCCCUCACUUCUCUUCAUCAGACAAGUGUCUCUUCUCCACUCACUCGUCUGUUGUCAUCACUGAGCAGCCACAGAGAGGAGCAGCCUUUCGACUCAGUUCAGAAUGCCUUUCGGAGGAGGGAACAAGUGUGGCAGCUGCCAGAAACCUGUCUACUUCGCUGAGGAAGUGCAGUGUGAGGGGAAGAGCUGGCAUAAAUCCUGUUUUCUGUGCAUGGUCUGUAAGAAGAACUUAGACAGCACAACAGUGGCUGUUCAUGUGGAUGAGAUCUACUGCAAAUCAUGCUAUGGCAAGAAAUAUGGGCCAAAAGGCUACGGCUUCGGAGGAGGAGCCGGCACUCUGAGCAUGGACACAGGAGAGGGACUUGGAAUCAAGCCUGAAGUACAAGCUCCUCAUCGCCCUACAAAUAACCCCAAUGCCUCCAAGUUUGCCCAGAAAGCAGCAGGCUCAGAUGAGUGUCCCCGAUGUGGCAAAACGGUAUAUGCAGCAGAGAAGGUUAUCGGAGGAGGCAAUUCCUGGCACAAGGGAUGCUUUCGUUGUGCCAAGUGCGGCAAGGGGCUGGAGUCCACGACCGUUGCUGACAGAGACGGAGAGAUCUACUGCAAAGGUUGCUACGCGAAGAACUUCGGUCCCAAGGGUUUCGGCUUCGGUCAGGGUGCAGGAGCUCUGGCUCAUUCCCAGUAAAGCCUGAAGCCACAGCUGACCUGGGACUGAUAUCCGGUGUGCUCUAAUAUCACUCUUUCCAGCAUCCUUCAGUCACUAUCUUAUUUUACUCUGCCCUUUCACUCCAGCUACAGGCAACAAGGAACAACAGAAGCACACAACACACAGCUUUUUGUACGUGUUCAACAAGUAGAUUCUGCUCUAUGUUGCAUUUGAAUCUAGUGCUUAAGUUUCAAGGUUAAAAAAGAUUUAAUGCUUAACAUUUAAAACACUGAAAUUUAAUGCUAUCCAAAUCUAACUGUUUGAAUGUGCAUAUUGUGCAUCUUUAAACAGAGCAGUUAACAGCAACUCAAGUCUGCUCCAUUUUAGAAGAAAAGAAUAAAAGACAAAACAAAAUAAACUCUAUGGUUGCAAUACAAAGAGACACUCACACUGUGACAACAGAAUUAAGCAAAUGUUGAGUUUGAAUAACAUUGGACACAGUCCAUGUCUAUGAGUGGGGACAAAAUAAGAUCAACUUGUUUCAAGACUGCUUUGAGAAAAUAGCCUUAUACCCUGCUUCACUUCCAGUCAAGAUAACUCCAUCCUAACUGCCUUACAUAUAUAUUACAAUAUGCAUUAUUGCUGAGACACAAAAUAAAUAUCAGGCAACAAAA